AUGAACAUUGAUAUUAUUAAGCCAUUCAAUAGGCUAGAUAUAUCAUCUUCGAGCUCGAAGGUGAGCUCUCUACAUUUUGCUCACAGCAAGUUAUAUGUGGGCUAUUAUAACGGUGAUCUUUCCGUUCAUUUGGCAGGAAACGGUCAGGCUAAUAGAAAAAUUCAAAGGAGUUUGAAUCCACAGAAAUCAUUCAAUGAAGUCAAAGGGUUAUUCAAUGAUAAUAACCACUCACAAUUGUUUUCAUUAGAGUCCAAAUUUAGCAAUGUGACCGAGAAUGGAUCCUCAAUCGAUUCCAUAUCAGUGUUGCCUCUUGCAAAUGAUAGCAGCAAGACGAUCUUGGCCAUUGGAAGCGCUGGAGUACUUAGAAUUGUGGAAGCAGUUGGAAGACGUAUCCACACCAUAAUGAUGUUCGAUGAAGCCAAAUCAUAUGUGGGAUAUGAGUAUCUAAGUGACCAACAGAAGUUUAUUAUUGCUGCAAAGAAGAAAGUUUUGGUUUAUGAUGUGGUCCAAAAAUCACGGAAUAUAACUCACUUUAAUAAAAUAAAGGAAUUGAGUCUUAAGGAUAAAGUCAAGGCUAUUGGUAUUAUACCCAAUCAAGAAAUUUUAAUUGCAUCUGUAUACGAUUUUGUUCUCCUAGAUAUUGAAACAUUUGGUUUAAAAUCUUUACCAGUUGAUGAAUCUAGCUUGUACAAUUUUAAUCACAGCACUUCUUUCAGCUACUUUGGUAUUUCUUACUCGGGCCCACAAACCCAGAUCAUUAAUAUCAGCUCAAAUAAAACUCUUCUCAUCAAGGAUACGCAGGUCGUAUCCUUGAUUACCAAGGAUGGAAGUCCAUGCAUAAUUGAGCAAAGUCCAAUUAAGUUUUCAACAAUACCUAUCCGCAUAUCUUUUAUCAAACCAUUAUAUCUUGUAUUGAUUUAUCCCAAAAAAAUCGAUAUAAUCGAUAUAAAAACAGGAGAUUUAAUUCAAAGAUUUCAUCAACAAAUUAAUUCAAAUUCCAUUUUCACUACAAUAGAUUCUGAUAAUUUUAUUAUGGGAUCAGGAACUGAUAUAUUGAUAUUUAAAGUUUUAGAUUUGAAGAAUCAAAUCCAUCAAUACUUAAGUAUUAGGGGAGCGGGGUCACAUAGUAAGAACACAAUAGAUCCUAAGAAUGAUUUAAGGUUGAUUGGAUUAGAAAAAGCCAUUAGUUUAGUUUCUUUGGAAAAUGACAAGGAAGAAGAUCAAAAAAAUAAAUUGUUAUACAUUCGAACAUUCUACAUUACAAAGGCCAAGAUUUUGUUUGAGUCAUACUCGAAAUAUCACGAGUCUCUUGUUGAUAUAAGUUCGGAAUGGCUCAUUCCUUAUGAUGAGAUUCUUCCUUUAUUUCCAGAUUUUUUAAAUGGAGAAAAAUAUAAUCCUAACGAUGCCAUGACAAUAAAUAGUGUUGACUCGGGAAGGUCCAUUUCACCUAACAUUGUGAAGAGAAUACUGGUAUCAGAUAUUGAAGGUAAUAAACACAAUAAUUCUACUGAUUCUGGAACAGAGAAUGAAGCCAAUAGCAAAAUUAGCACACCUUCAUCACCUUCAUCUAAACCGCAACAACAGAUGAAUUUACAGCACAAAUCUCAGCAUAUGCGUAAGUUCAGUAAAGCAUUGAAUAAUUUGAUUGUAUAUCUCACCGACCAAAGAAGAAUUCAUGCCAAUUUCUUAGACAAUCGUGAUUUGGAAUGGAAAGGAGUUAAAGUCAAUCCAGUCGAUAUUUAUCCAAUAUUAGAGAAUGCUCAAGAUAAGAAGCAGCUAAAUUCACAACUCCGUCAAAUUGCCACCACAAUUGAUACAUCAUUGUUCCUUUGUUAUUAUUAUAUGAAACCAAUGUUGUUGGGACCACUUUUAAGAUUACCAAAUAAUAAUUGUAAUGCUAGAAUUGUGAAUGAAUGUUUAUUAUCAGAUUUACAUAAACACACUGACCAGCUGCAAAAUUUUUUGAAAGAAUUAUUAGACUUUUAUUUUGGAAGAAAAUUACAUAAAGAUGCAUUAGAAAUGUUAUACAAAUUGGCCCACGAAGAGAAAAAAGACGACCAUGAAUUUGAUCGAUUUAUUGGCGGAGUUGAUUUGACCAUACAAUAUCUUAAUAAAUUGGGGAACGAACAUUUAGACUUGAUUUUCAAAUUUGCCCAUUGGGUAAUCACUGAAGAAACAGAUGACAUUAAACAUGGGGAACUUCUUUUCAUGAACGAUCUGUAUGAGUGUGAAAGUUAUAAUAAUACCAAAGUGCUUGAUUAUUUUAUCUCAGUAAUCAAAAGCGAUGAGUUAGCAAUUAGGUAUUUAGAAUGGUUAUUAUUCGAAAGUGAUGUUUUCGAUGGCAAGCAGCAUCUGAAAUUUUACACUAGACUUUGUUUACUUUAUUUGAAGAAAUUAAAAGAAGGUGCUGAUAAAUGGUAUCCCAAAUUAUAUAAUUUUUUGGAAACCAGUACUUCAUAUGAACCGUGGACAGUACUUAAAAACAUUCCUACCAGUGAAGACAGAUAUCUUAGGCUUACAAUUUUUAUUUAUAAAAGAUUAGGAGAACAUGAUAAAUCGAUUGAUGUGUUAUUCAACCAAUUAGAUGAUUUAGAUGCUGCUAUGACCUAUUGUUCCGAUAUUUAUUAUCAACCACAUAACAAAACCACCGGAGAGAACUUAUUACAUAAACUAAUGGAAGACCUAUUGAUUCAUUAUGAUGAAAAUUUAGAUAAAAUUGAAAAAUUAUUAAUCCUGCAAGGAUCUAAAAUGUCUAUUUUACGAAUCUUGACUUCAUUGCCCAAUUCAUUCCCAAUGAACAAGUUAUCAAUAUUCUUACAGGCAAAUUUACGAAAUAUUCAAGAACUGUUGCACGAUAGUCGAUUAGCACAACAAUUAUACAAAGUAGGAUCCCAGAAAACUCGACAUAAACUACUCACCAAACAAAGCGAAGGAUACCCGGUUCAAAAUGCAAGACAAUUAUGUGGGAUUUGUAAUAAGAAGCUCGGGUACACGGUCUUGAGUAUUGAUAAGAACAACCAGGUGGUUCAUUAUGGAUGUUUUCAAAGAGAACGUGCUGGGACUGAUCCGAGAAGAAAGAGCCACACAUGA